AUGAACAGGAUUGGAUCAUGCUCCACAAUUCCACUGUCUUGCUGCCUCAUCACAGGCCUAGAGGUGGCCCUCACAGACCUCCAGAGCUCCUGGAACAAUGUGUACCACCACACAGAGGACAUGAGUGUGGACCACCUCCUUGUUCGCCGGGGCCAGGCCUUCAACAUCACCCUGUACUUCAGAAACCGUGGCUUUCAGCCAGUUGUGGACAAUAUCAUCUUUGUGGUUGAGACUGGACCCCUGCCAGACCCAGCCAAAGGGACUCGGGCAGUGUUCAACUUGGGACACCAUGGUGGCCCACACUCCUGGAUCGCCCUGCCAGAGACACAGGGGGACACCUCCCUGGAAGUGAGCCUGUGUGCCCCGCCCUCGGCAGCUGUGGGUCGGUACUUGCUGAAACUUCACAUCAAUUCCUUCCAGGGAUCAAUCACAGCCUACAAGCUUGGGGAGUUCAUCCUGCUCUUCAAUCCCUGGUGCCCAGGGGAUGCCGUCUACAUGGACAGUGAACCCCAGAGGCAGGAGUACAUUGUGAAUGAUUACGGCUUCAUCUACCAGGGGAACAAGAACUGGAUCCGCCCGUGCCCAUGGAACUAUGGGCAGUUUGAAGAGAAUAUCAUAGACAUCUGCCUGGAGCUACUAGAUAAGAGCCUGCACUUCCAGAUCGACCCAGGCACCGACUGUGCCCUUCGGGGAAGCCCCGUCUACAUCAGCAGAGUGGUGUGUGCCAUGAUCAACAGCAAUGAUGACAAUGGGGUGCUCAAUGGAAACUGGACUGAGAAUUAUCUAGAUGGCACCAACCCUGCCGAGUGGACCGGCAGUGUGGCCAUUCUAAAGCAGUGGCACGCCACAGGCUGCCAGCCAGUAUGCUAUGGACAGUGCUGGGUCUUUGCCGCCGUCAUGUGCACAGUGAUGCGGUGCCUGGGGAUCCCCACUCGCGUGAUCACCAACUUUGAUUCUGGCCACGACACUGAUGGCAACCUGAUCAUAGAUGAAUACUAUGACCACACAGGCAGGAUUUUGGCAAACAAGAAGAAGGAUACUGUCUGGAACUUCCAUGUCUGGAAUGAGUGCUGGAUGGCCCGGAGCGACCUUCCCCCUGGAUACGGAGGCUGGCAGGUGCUGGAUGCCACCCCUCAGGAGACCAGCAAUGGCCUCUACUGCUGUGGCCCUGCCUCAGUCAGAGCCAUCAAAGAAGGAGAAGUGGGUCUGAACUAUGACACACCCUUUGUGUUUGCCAUGGUGAAUGCUGACUGCAUGUCCUGGCUUGUCUAUGGAGGGAAGGAACAGAAGCUUCACCAGGACACAACUUCCGUUGGCCACUUCAUCAGCACUAAGAGCGUCCAGAGUGAUGGGCGGGACGACAUCACAGACAACUACAAGUAUAAAGAAGGUUCCCCCGAAGAGAGGCUGGUGUUUCAGAAGGCCUUACUGAAGCUGAAGGCCAGUCGGUCCCAAGGUGCCCUCCAGGAUGAGUCCCAGCCCUCCAGGGCCCUGUCACAGAGCAGCCCUCGGAGCCUGGAUACCCCCUCCCUUCGACCCGGUGAUGUUAUCCAAGUCUCUCUGAAAUUUCAGCUACUCGACCCACCCAACAUGGGCCAGGACAUAAACUUUGUUCUCCUGGCGCUCAACAUGUCACCCCAGUUCAAGGACCUCAAAGUGAACCUGAGUGCGCAGUCGCUGCUGCAUGAUGGCAGCCCCCUGCCCCCUUUCUGGCAGGACACGGCUUUCAUCACCCUGCCUCCUGCCGAAGAGAGGACCUACACCUGCCAAAUCCCCUACGCCCAAUACAGCCAGUACUUAUCCACAGACAAGCUAAUUCGCAUCAGUGCCCUGGGUGAAGAGAAGAGCAGCCCUGAGAAAAUCCUCGCCAACAAGAUCAUCACCCUGAUUUACCCAGGCAUCACAAUUAAUGUUCUAGGAGCAGCCGUCAUGAAACAGCCUCUCUCCAUACAAGUGAUUUUUUCAAACCCCCUCUCGGAGCCUGUUGAAGACUGUGUGCUGACCUUGGAAGGAAGCGGCCUCUUCAAGAAGCAGCAGAGAAUCCUCAUUGGAGUUCUCAAGCCCCAUCACAAAGCCACCAUAACUCUGAAGACUGUCCCCUUCAAGAGUGGCCCAAGGCAGAUCCAGGCUAACCUAAGGAGCAACAAAUUUAAGGACAUCAAAGGUUACAGUAAUGUAUUUGUAGAGUUUGCCUUAUAAAUUCUGGGACAGUGAGUUUUAAACUUCAAGUUCAAAUGCAAGCUGUACUCCUCCCGCCACAAGGGGACAUCCGAUAAUGGCUCAUGCCCUGGGCCAUCUGCACAACUCUCCCAAGACUCUUUUCAGCAUACAGAGCUUCUGUGGCGUCCCAUACAGAAGUGUGAUUUGGCAUGGAGGUCAGAGGAUAACGGUUGGGUUUGGCUGUCACUU